AUGAAAUACGUAUCAUUAAUUGCAUUAUUUUCUUCUUUGUCAGCGGGCCUUUCGCUGCCUUUGUUUAAGAAGCGUCAGGCAAACAGCGCGAUUGCGAGCUCGAUAUUCCGCAGAAGAGCUUAUCAAUCAACCGCAGUGCUUGAUGGAUGGCUAUACAUCGACGGCGGAGAGUUUUCAUACGCUUCGGGUAGCGAUAUAGUGUAUCAAUACUCUUCGACACUUCUAUCGAUCGAUCUGUCUCAAGACUUCACGAAUGCCACGGUGAAUAUAAAUUCGAACUCAAAACCGGCCGGUGUGCCAGACUUGGACUCGGGAGGGAUUUGGGUAGACAAGGUCAAUAAAGUGUUAUACACGGGUUUCGCUGGUCGGUCCUCUACCUUUGGCAAUGCGGCAUACCAGGACCGUGGGUUGUGGUCAUUCUCCCCCGACGGACAAGGUGGUGGAUCAUGGAAGAACCUGAAUUCAACCGCACCUGCAGGUUUCAAGACAGAAGUCAGACCGUACUCUGCGCUGGUCGCUAGCGGUGAUGGCAAAGGCUUCAUGCUAGGUGGAUUCGACCCCGCGAAUGCUUCCGUGGGUAUUUCCGGCCUGGUCAUUUAUGAUUUCUCUUCGAACAAGCUCUCCAACAACACUGUCACUGGUAUCGCGAACAAAGGUGUCGUCCAGAUGGGCGGUGCUCACUUUGUGCCCAACUUUGGCCCACAGGGGAUCAUGAUUACAUUUGCGGGAGACCAAGUCGGAGCAAAACAGGCUGGCGCGGAUUCCUUACUCAGUACGACCACCGUGCAGAUCUACGAUCCUGCAACGGGAGUCUGGUACGAGCAAACGACGUCGGGCAAUAUUCCUGAACCUCGGAAGGAAUUCUGUAUGACAGGAGCAGCGUCGAACAACGAAACCUACGAAAUCUUCGUGUACGCCGGGUGGAAUGGCAAUCUCGGCCCUGUAGCUAUUCCAUACGACGAGGUCUACGUUCUCUCCUUGCCAAGUUUCAACUGGUUCAAGGCGGACUAUCUUGCGGAAAAUCCACGUCACGGGUUGACGUGCAACCACAUCGGGGGAGGCCAGAUAUUGACCGUCGGCGGUGUCAACACAACGCAGAACGGGCCGAACAAUCUGUACGACGACGUUUUCAACACGCCGGACCAGUUCACGCAGGGGCUCAACGUGUUCGACCUGAGCACCAUGGCUUGGGCGACGAGUUAUUCCGCCCAAAAACAGACGUACAGCCCCGCUGCGGCGAUCCAGCAGUACUACUCCACAAACCCACGUCACCCCACAUACUCGUCGACUGGUCUGCAACAGCUCAUGUCAGUGCAGAACUUUACUUCCGCGACGACGGGGUCUUCGAGUUCUUCGUCAAACUCGACUUCUCCCGCGUCCCCAGGCUCGUCUAGCUCAGGGUCAUCAACGAAUACCGGUGCCAUCGCCGGGGGCGUUGUUGGUGGAGUCGUGGCAGUCGCCCUCAUCGCUGGCGGCGCCGUUUUCUUUCUCCGCAGACGUAGAAAUAAAGAAGUUGCCGGUGGUGGCGAUGCUGGUUCCUUUGCGACUCAUGAAAUGCCGGGAAACAGCAAUUCACAAUACGAAAUGUCGGCUGCCGCAGAGAACACGCCGAUGGCCAACAACAUCAGAUACGCGAAAUACGCGCCCGUACCGUCCGAGCCUCGCCACGAAAUGCCGACGAACGAAACACGGCAUGAGUUGGCAUGAUCCAGGGGUCAAAGGUGAUGACCCUCGUUUUUUUGAUGACUUCUUGAUGUAUAAUGACACUUUGUACAUACUGAUAUCUGCUGGCCGUCAGGGCGUCAAUCAGCGCCUGGCUCGACCGAUCACACGUUUAGACUAAUUC